UUGAUGCCCCGCGGGCCCCGGGCCAGCCCGAGACCGCAGGACCAUGGAGGCAGCAGCUGUCGCCGCAGUCCUGGGCUUCCUGGUCCUGGCCGCCGCGGGCGGCUCGGCCGGGGACGAGGCCCGGGAGGCGGCGGCCGUGCGGGAGCUGCUGGCCCGGCUGCUGGGGCCCGGGCCCGCGGCCGCCUUCUCGGUGUCGGUGCAGCGCUCCCUGGCGGCCGAGUCCGGCCUGGACACCUACCGCUUGAGCGGCGGCGGCGGCGCCGGGGCGCCGGUGCGGGUGCUCGGCUCCACCGGCGUGGCCGCCGCCGCGGGGCUGCACCGCUACCUACGCGAUUUCUGCGGCUGCCACGUGGCCUGGUCCGGCUCUCAGCUGCGCCUGCCGGAGCCGCUGCCCGCAGUGCCGGAGGAGCUGACCGAGGCCACGCCCAACAGGUACCGCUAUUACCAGAAUGUGUGCACACACAGCUACUCCUUCGUGUGGUGGGACUGGGCCCGCUGGGAGCGGGAGCUGGACUGGAUGGCACUGAAUGGCAUCAACCUGGCACUGGCCUGGAGCGGCCAGGAGGCCAUCUGGCAGCGGGUGUACCUGGCCUUGGGCCUGACCCAGUCGGAGAUUGAUGAGUACUUCACUGGCCCUGCCUUCCUGGCCUGGGAGCGCAUGGGCAACCUGCACACGUGGGGUGGCCCCCUGCCUCGCUCCUGGCACCUCAAACAGCUGUACCUGCAGCAUCGGAUCCUGGACCGCAUGCGCUCCUUUGGCAUGAUCCCGGUGUUGCCUGCCUUUGCAGGGCACGUCCCCAAGGCUCUCACCAGGGUGUUCCCUCAGAUCAACGUCACCCAGCUGGGCAGCUGGGGACACUUCAACUGCUCCUAUUCCUGCUCCUUCCUCUUGGCUCCAGAAGACCCUCUCUUCCCUGUCAUUGGGAGCCUCUUCCUGCGGGAGCUGACCAAGGAGUUUGGCACAGAUCACAUUUAUGGGGCCGACACUUUCAACGAGAUGCUGCCCCCCUCCUCGGAGCCCUCCUACCUUGCCGCAGCCACAGCCUCCGUCUACCAGGCCAUGAUCACAGUGGACCCUGACGCCGUGUGGCUGCUCCAAGGCUGGCUCUUCCAGCACCAGCCCCAGUUCUGGGGGCCGGCCCAGGUGAGAGCCGUGCUGGGGGCAGUGCCCCGCGGCCGCCUCUUGAUUCUGGACCUGUUUGCCGAGAGCCAGCCCAUGUACCUCCGCACGGCCUCCUUCCACGGCCAGCCCUUUAUCUGGUGCAUGCUGCAUAACUUUGGGGGUAACCACGGUCUGUUUGGGGCCCUGGAGGCCGUGAACCAGGGCCCUGCCGCAGCCCGCCUCUUCCCCAAUUCCACUAUGGUAGGCACGGGCAUGGCCCCGGAGGGCAUCAGCCAGAACGAAGUGGUCUAUGCCCUCAUGGCAGAGCUGGGCUGGCGGAAGGACCCAGUGGCUGAUUUGGAGGCCUGGGUGACCAGCUUUGCAGCACGUCGGUAUGGAGUCGACAGCAAGGAGACAGAGGUCGCCUGGAGACUGCUUCUUGGGAGUGUUUACAACUGUUCUGGUGAGGCCUGCACUGGGCACAAUCGCAGCCCCCUGGUCAGGAGGCCGUCUCUGCAGAUGGUCACCACCGUCUGGUACAACCGAUCGGCCGUGUUCGAGGCCUGGCGGCUGCUGCUGGCAGCCGCACCCACCCUAGCCAAGAGCCCCACCUUCCGCUAUGAUCUGCUGGACGUGACUCGCCAGGCGGCCCAGGAGCUGGUCAGCCUGUACUACACGGAGGCGAGGACCGCCUACCUGAACAAGGAGCUGGUUCCUCUAAUGAGGGCGGCUGGCAUCCUGGUCUACGAGCUUCUGCCAGCCCUGGAUGGAGUGCUGGCUAGUGACAGCCGCUUCCUGCUGGGCACGUGGCUGGAGCAGGCCCGCGCGGUCGCCGUCAGCGAAACCGAGGCCCGUUUCUAUGAGCAGAACGGCCGCUACCAGCUGACCCUUUGGGGGCCCGAGGGCAACAUCCUAGACUAUGCCAACAAGCAGCUGGCGGGGCUGGUGGCUGGCUACUACGCCCCCCGCUGGGAGCUCUUCAUGCAGAUGCUGGUUGAGAGCCUGGUCCAAGGCCGUCCCUUCCAGCAGCACCAUUUUGAAGAGAAUGCCUUCCAGCUGGAGCAGAGCUUUGUCUUCAGCACACAGAGGUAUCCCAGUCAGCCCCAAGGUGACACUGUGGACCUGGCCAAGAAGCUCUUCCUCAAAUAUUACCCCCGGUUGGUGGCUGGGACCUUGUGACAGAUGAGCCACCCUUGGGUGGUGGUCUUUCCUGAAUUCCAGGCCUGGGCAGGCUCCCAGGGCCUCAGGCCCCGGCAAAAGAACUCAAAACCUGCCAGAGGAUCAGGCAUGGGAAGUUGGGGCGGGGGUUGAGCUGCCCUCCUCCUCCUCUCCAAAUUUGGGAUCAAAGUACUUUUUUAAUACAACUUAAUAAACUGGUGAGUCCCCUGGGCUUCUCAGAA